AUGGCUAAGGUCAAGGCAUUCGAGCUCCAGUCCAAGUCCAAGGCGGACCUAACCAGCCAGCUCGAGGAGCUCAAGACUGAGCUCCUGCAGCUCCGCGUCCAGAAGGUCGCCGGCGGCAACUCGAGCAAGCUCACCAAGAUCAACACUGUCCGCAAGAACAUCGCCCGCGUCCUCACUGUCAUCAACCAGAAGCAGCGCGCCAACCUCCGCGAGUUCUACAAGGGCAAGAAGCACAUCCCGCUCGACCUCCGUGCCAAGAAGACCCGCGCCAUCCGAAGGAAGCUCACCAAGCACGAGGCCAAGGCCGUCACUGAGCGCCAGCACAAGAAGAACAUCCACUUCGGCAACCGCAAGUUUGUCCUCAAGGCAUAA